UAUAAAUUUUGCAUCCGUCGAUUAUCGUCGGGUGCUAAGCUAUGGAAUUGUUGCCUGAAGGAAAAAAUUUUCGAUUGGUACAUGAAGACGAAUUUCCUAGUAUUUUAGAGUUUCUGGAACAAUUUUUACCCCAUUCUUUAAAAAUUCAUCAAACAAUAAAAACAUUUGUUAACGAUCACGUUUGGGAUUUUUAUUUCUACGUUUGCCGGCAGUGGCCAGAACAGCCUGUGAUAUUACAUUUUCCUGGAAUGACGUGCUCGCCGAACAGUAAUAUAUAUGAAAGUUUUAGUGUGUUCUGUCCAUGUGAUCAAUUAGACAAUUUGCAACUGUUAGAAGAAGAAGACAUACUUAUUGAUUGGUCAAAACCAAUAUAUUUAAAUUUUACGCACAAAUUAAUUAUGGAACGUAUAGAAGAAUUUUAUUCAAAACGUGGGACUUUAGAAAAAGUUUCCGGAGAUAUAUAUGUUUGUGAAGAACCUCCAGCAGAAUUAAAUUUUGAUCAAUUACCACCGGAUGUUGAAUUAAGACAAUUAACAGCAGAAAAUGCUCAAACAAUACAUGAUUUAUAUCCAGCAAAUGACAUGGAAUGCGUUGAAGUAUUUGAAAAAUUAAUAAAACAACUUCCAGCAUACGGUGUAUUCUCAUCAUCUGGUGAAUUAGCUGCAUGGAUGGUGCAAUCAUAUUAUGGUGCUAUGUUUUCAAUGCAGACAAAACCAGAAUUUCGACGAAAAGGAUAUGGAAUAUAUCUAGCUCAGUACCUGACUAAAAUAGUAACAGAUCGUGGAUAUUUACCGUUUGUGGUAAUCAGGCCAGAAAAUGAUGCAUCUAAAAGUUUAUAUACAAAAUUAGGUUUUAAAAAAAAUUAUGAAACAGUACGUGCAAUUUUACGGCCGCACAGCGAAAAUGGUGACGCAAAUGAAUCGCCUGGAGGAGGCGAAACAAAUGGUGAACUAACAAACAAUAAUUAAAAAAACAUGAUAAUGACCCAAGAUGUUUUAUCAUCACGGAAAAAAUGUCCUCUUCCACGCACGUUCGUUCCAAACACGCUCGACUCGCGAAACGUGAGUACGCGCUAUGCGAUUCACGCACACGCGUUAUGUGCGCGACACCGCUCUAUGCUCGCGCGAUUUCGAUUUUUUCUCUAAUAUUUCUCUUUCAAUGCGCUCUAUUUAUGUAGGGAUUUAAACACGAAUUACUACUAUUCAUAAUAUACAUAUCAUAUUUAUUCAAAAAUCCUCAAUACUUUCUAGAAUUCUACAACACUUAGAAAUUUAACAGAUCAAAAUUAUGAUUUUCUAACAUAAACAGUUAACACCUUUUUUAACUUAGAAUGGCCUACAUAUGGAACAUUGAGCAAAACUUAGAAAAUGAUUUUCAUUCUAUCCAAUGCGGCGACCGCAAAAAAUGAUUCCGUUUUUAUAUAGGAUAAAACUUUCUAUAAGGAAUACAUGUAGUGACUCCAAUCACUUGUCUACAUAACCCUGUAAGACCUUAAUGCGAGAGCGAAUCAAAUUCAGUCAUAAUCCCAUAGAGUUUGUGUUUUUACUUUUCUCAGGAAUUCAUUGCCGGCAAAAUCUUAUUUGUGCAAGAAAAUGAUUUAUACAAAUCACACGCAGGUGUUGUAGAUCUUAAAUUUAGAGAUAUUGGAGUUGGUUUCUUCGAAUUAUCUUAACUAUUUUCAUUUUUAAGCGAAAAAUUAUGAAAAACAUACCGAAAUGUAAUUUAAAAUAAUUUUGAAAGUCAAGUCUCUUUGAAUAAGGCAAAACAAAUUUAAAGUUGAUAAAAAACUUGUUCCACUGAGUACUUGAUUUUAAACAAAAUUGUUUUACAGCACUGAUCGUACUUCACGAUUCCUCGAGAUUUUGAUGGGGCGUUCGAAAUAUUUAGUUAAAAUAUAAAAUUACUUGAAUAAAAUUCGUUCGCAAUUAACGAAAAACACCUAUCCAAUUUAUUUGCAACACUUUAAAAUCGAAGAAAAUGAUGAAAAACUUUAAAUAGGAAAAAAGUAGGGGAAAAUCCAAUUUUAUUAAAACCAAGAUGAUAGACUACAUCUGUUUAAGGAAAAACUUUUGUAAAAAAUUACUUGGCAAAUAAUGGGAACUUAUUAUAAAAGUCAAAUCAAAUCUUCGGAAAAAAUCGCAUCCAUCAAGUAUGCGUAGAAACGGAGUCUAAGCUUCGGGGAACACCGGGGAAAAGUUUGUGAGACUAAUUGAUUAUUAUUUAAAGUGAUAGUCGAUGAAAUUCCUAAAGAUAGGAAGUGAUGUACGCAUUUGAAAUCAGAAAAUGAUUGACUUCAUUAUAUGCACUAUCUUUCUUUAAAGUUACAUUCUUUUUAAAAACGGAACAAUUUUUUUGGUCACCGUUCCUAAUAUUUAAAACAAUUGCAAUAAGCACGAAAUAGUUUAACACAAAAGAGAGAUCUCUUUCACAAAUCAAAAUUUAGUUUUUGUGGACCAAACUGAUUUUGGCUUAGUCUAAUCAAUUUAAAAAUUAAAUUGCUUAAUUAACGGAAACUUCCAUAAAAUCUAGCAUUAAAAUUUUUUGUAU